AUGUGUAACGCGUUCUUGAUACUGUUCAAAUGCGGGCACGUCGACUACGCCGAAGGUGUCCCGUGUCUCGACCCGAGCUGCGCAGCGCGUCAGAGCCAAUACUCGAGCCAACAGGUCUGUCGUUACUGCAUUAACGACGUGUCUUCAGAUUUUCUUUACGCGAACGUGGACCAUACCGCUGCCCUCCAAGAACUAUUGUUCGAGCAGAACUUUGACGUCGAAAUGAUUGACCCGGAAAUUUAUAGGGGGUUUGCAGGAGUCGACGAGCUGAGCGUCUCGUUCGACCAGCCGGAAGAUCGCUACUCGGGUCGUGAUUAUAACGACUACCAUGAAUUUCCAACAGAGCUGGAUAGCGGCAUCCAUGAACUGCAGAUGAUCGAGCCCCCGGCCCAGAAUUCUUACAUCUACCCAUCCCCAAUCACUUCGGUAUUCGAUUGGGAUCAGUUGAAAGAAGCCCACGAGCAUCCAGGCUACGAAGACUAUGUUCCCAGCCCGGACGAAGAAGAUAUUCGUGGCACUCCUAGAGACGUCACCACAACUUCCGCCUCGUCUAUUUACUCUAGAGAUAGCGACAUGCUCGGUGAUUACACCACGCCUUCCCCGCCAUGCACGCCACAUAGACGUAGAAUAUCCAUGUCUAGCCCCGGCACCUCUUGCAGCCCACCACUAGCUCCUAAGCGCUUCGAUCUGCGAGAACUCAGCCCUACACCCGGCACACGCGGUCACGAGUCGUUUUUGGACGCGGCAUCCGCGAUUUUGGAUCUUCCAUUAUCAUGGCGCGAGAAUGAGACCUUGCGAGAAUUCUUGGACGGAGGAGAAGCUGGAAUUGGCGCGGACGAGGACGACGACGAGGAUGAUGAUGGCGAAAGCGACAUUGACUAUACAACCCCCCAAUAUACGAAAAUGCGCCAGCCAGAUUUCUUACGCAGUGAUUAUGCCGACUUUCCGCCUCUUGAUGGUCUGGGAACGCGUUCUUUGGUGACAAUGUCGACUGGUGGCUAUACCAAACUUGGUGCCCCUGAGUCCUUAGCGGAGGGAUCUACGCCUGUCGAUACGGAGGAUGACGACGCCAGCAUGCCCAGAGCCAUUACCGGACCUUCUUCCGGCGUCAAUGUUGGACCCUUUGCUCUUGGCCCAUCGGAGGUCAUGUCAUCCGACGCCUAG